AUGAAAGACGAUUCCGAACAGACAAAAAAUAUACUCACCGAGUCGACCCCGAUGGACUACAGAGGCGCUGGCGAAGGGAACGUGGAAGUGGAAUUUAAUCUAGUCCUCAAACCGACCUCUCCAACAUCUCUUUGUUCUUCUCUUGGCGGAAUAAGGUACUGCAUCGUGUCGACGGUAGUCUACAGUGAAAACGAUUCGCUGCACAUCGCCGAAGCCUCGGAGCCGAUAUCUGUCAACCAACCGUUUCAGCUCCCUGAAGAUUGCUCAAAGCGAGUGGUCAGUACCAUCGAGAGAGCAGGUGUAGUCUGCUGCAUCAGGACCAUCACAGCCGAGCUGGGUGUAAGCAGUGCCUUCUUACUCAGCGGACAAGAGGCGAUGAUCAGUGGCUCCGUAAUGAACGACACCAAUUCCAGCAUACGGGGUAUAACUGUGAACCUCGUACAGUCGUUGCAGCGGCAGAAGGACUCAAAGAAGAUCAAGAGGAAUGUAUUUUCGUUUGAGAAGGGUGCAAUUCUCCCAGGUAAGAGGCAGAGCUGGCUCUCGGAGUACGUCAUCCUGCCCUCCCUUCCUCCUUCAUCGUCCAACCCCUACUUCAAGAUAUGGUACACCUUGGUCAUGGAGAUCCAGAAGGCCAGUGGCAAAUUGAUCAAGCUGAAGAUUCCAAUAACUAUUUGCAAUACGCCUGCUAACAAAGUAAGUAUUCCUGCCUUGAAUUCAGGAGACGUGAAGUUUGAAUGGAAGAAAACUGAAACACAGGAUGUCUCGAGUGAGUAUGCACCACUUUACGUCACCCACGUACCAUGA